AUGGAUUGUAUUUGUUUUCUACAAUGGCAAGGAUUAGCAUUUCAUGGCCAUGAUGAAUCUAAAGACUCCAAUAAUCAAGGAAAUUUUCUUGAAUUAUUACGGUUUCUUACAAAGCACAAUGAAGAAAUUGAUAAGGAAGUUCUCAAAAAUGCUCCUAAAAAUCAUCAAAUGACCUCUCCUGAUAUCCAUAAAGAAAUAGCAAAUGCUGCAGUCGUUGAGACAAUAAAUGCUAUUAUUAAAGAUAUUGGAGAUUCAUUAUUUGCUAUUAUAGUUGAUGAAUCACGUGAUAUGUCUACUAAAGAAAAAUUGGCAAUUGCUUUGCGUUAUGUAGACAAAUUGGGACAUGUGAAUGAGCACUUUCUAGGCAUUACACAUGUUAAUAAUACAUCAGCAGUGACACUAAAGAGUGCAAUUGAGGAAGUAUUUAAUAAACAUAGCUUAAGCAUUAGUAGAUUGCGGGGACAAGGCUACGACAGGGCAAGCAACAUGCGAGAUCGUGAUAUUCUUCGCGAAAAACCUAGUGUUGAAGUUAUAGAAGUACUAAAAAAUAAUGAAAUUUCAACUGGUCGUGGCUUGAAUCAAGAAAUGAGUCUAAAAAGACCUGGAGAUAUACGUUGGAGUUCUCAUUAUGGUGCACUUGUUAAUCUUAUUCAUAUGUUUUCUUCUGUAAUUGAUGUGGUUGAAACUAUUACAGAAGAUGGUUUAGAGUCUAAUCAGAGAACAGAAGCAACUAUCUUAAUUGGUUUACUCCAAACAUUUGAAUUCGUGUUUGAUUUACAUUUGAUGAAAGGUGUGCUUGGCAUAAGUAAUGAGUUGUCACAGGCAUUACAAUGA